AUGCAGCUUGAUGACGUCCGUCGGACUACAGAUUUGACCUUACUUUAUCACCCAAAUGGUGAGAGAUCCGUUCGUAGUGAGCUUGGAACCCAGACAGGAUGGGCCCUAAGUGAAGAUGUCACCUCGGCUUGUUGCACUACCCACAACGUCGGCCUCGAUACAGACCGAUCAAAGGGUAAAGCUGACCUGUACCAAUGCCUGUUGGACGCUUGGUAUGCGGUUUUUCGACAUCGUAUCCAUAUCCCACCAAUUUUCACCUCUCGAAUACACGCCACUCACACAGGACUGCCUCGUAGUCUGACUCAUGCCACCCGAUUGCCGACCAAUCACAAUCCUGCUAGCCUCCAAUUGGAUCCACUAGACUCCACUUCCUCUCCUCACCCCCGAACGCUGUCAGCCAGCCUACACCAAUCAGGAAGUAGAGACUCAGGUCGUAAACGGUGCUUAAUAGGAAAGACUCCAGACGGAAUCGAUAUUCCAUGUGACCAUUAUCUUGCUGCCGAGGUCGUAGCGCGUCUCAUUUCCACUCUUUUUCAGCAGCAGCUUGUCUGUCGUUUUUAG